CCCCUCCCUGGCUUGGAGGGGCCGCCCCUUGUCGUCUGUGCCGCUGACCAGCUCCCCCUUGCGCCUCUUCCCGAGAAGGAUGGGGUUUUUCCCUGGGCCGCUGCUGCCGGGGGAGCCUUGCCAAGGGGAGCGCUUCUCCUUUAAAGCAGCCACGUGGGCCCGCCGUUGGUGAGGAGCCUGCCCUGCUUCCCCCCGCCGAGGAGGAGCUGGCGCCGUGUCAGUUUCACCCGCCCAAACGCAGCCUGCUCGCCGGGGAAGAGGAGGGUGUCGGAUUCGCCAAGGACCAUCCACGCAUCCCGCAGGAGGACCCGCAGAGCAGCAGCAGCGGGAGAGAGAAGGAAGGAAGGAAAGAAGGAAGGAAGACAGGCAGACCCGGGAGGGGGACGAAGCCCAGCCAAGCGCAUUGCAGCAGCGGGAGGCGAAAGAGGAGCACCAGCCCGAUCGCCUCUGCGCUUCUUGCUCCUCACAUCGCAGAGCCUGGGGAAGCAGCUUGCCAAGCCGCCCGCCCCCAUCCCCAAAAGGAGGGCCCUUCCCUACUACCCUGCAGCCAAACUAACGAACACAAAACGCCUUUUUAAAUUUUGGAGAGGGGCGGGGCUUCUGGAGACCUUGCGCCCUGAAACUGCAUCUUUUUGCACACCGGGUUCCCUGGGAACUGGAGAGAGGGUUUCUCUCCCCUCCUCCUCCCUCUUUGCGUUUUGACUCUUAAGGCACAUCCACACACAAACACCCCUUCACCGGCUCUUGCAGCCCCCCCCCCCCAUCGAAAGAUCAACACUCCACGCACACCGGUUAUUAUUUUUAUGGGUCACAAAGCGACGUCGCCAUGCUCUCCAUGUCCAAGACCUCUUUUAAAAUUAAGCAACACCAGGAUCCAGGGACGAAGGGUCCAAAGUCCCCCGACAUGAGUGACAAGAGGAACAAAUCCUGCCACGCUCUCCAAUGCAUCCCAGGCGAAUAUAUUCGAGAAGAGGCAGCUCACGUGCGGAAAAGCAUCCCUUCUCGAGAUGGAGAAGCGAGGUACAUCCCAGGCACCCUGUAUUGCACCAACCUGAGAGUGGCUUUCUUACCAGACCCCUCUCCAAACACAGAGGACUGUUCCUGCCAAACUUUCAUGCACAGCGACUACGAUGUUGCCCUCCCUUGCAUCGGGAGACUGCUUGCCGUCAACAGCUUCACAAAGGCUAAAGUGCUCACUAGUACCUCGACCCUGAAGUUCAUCCCAGAGGAGCUGAUCAUCUGCUGCCGGGAUUUCCGGGUGCUGCGGUUCCGGUUCCACGACAGCGGCUUAGAGCCUCAGGCCUUCCGGGUCUCCAUGGCUAUUGCUCAGGCUCACGAGAGCAGCGCCAGGGAUGGCUCCUACGAAGAUGCUGCCCUGAAGAACUUGAGGAACUGCCAGCCGAAUCAGGAGGAGGAGGUGCUGGAGGAGGAAGAGGAGAAGAAGGAGGAUGGGUCCCCAACGCUCUUGUUCCAGACCCUCCGGGACUGGGAGAAGGAGCUGCAGAGACUCGGAGCUGCGGGCUGGCGGGUCAGCUCUGUCAAUGAGCGCUUUGACAUGUCCACCAGCCUCCCCAAAUAUUUGUGGGUCCCCAGUUGGUUUCUGGACAAUGAGCUGAAGAGGGCCUUUGUCCAUUUUAACGAAAGACGCAUCCCGAGGCUGUGCUGGCAUCACCCAGGAGGCAGCGAUCUCCUUCGAGCAGCCAGCUUCCAUCCCGAUUCAGACCCAGAGAAGGAAGACAUGAGGUCAGUGGAAACUCUGAUGCUUGCUGGCCACCCCCAAUGUGUGAUCGUCGAGGUGACGGCGGACCUCCCCAGCCCCCCGGAGAUCCAGCAGUCCUACUCCAAGCUUUGGAACUUGAGCCUCUGCCUUGCCGAUUCCUUCGGCUCGUCCUCCGAUGAGAAGUGGCUCUCGAGCCUUGAAGGGACACGAUGGCUGGAUCACGUGAGGGUGUGCUUGAAGAAGGCCAGUGAAGUGGCUGUGCUGCUGGCUGAGAGGAGCCGCUCUGUCCUCCUCCAAGAAUCGGAUGACAGGGACUUGAACUGCUUGCUGGCCUCCUUGGUGCAAGUCAUUUCAGACCCACAUGCCAGAACCAUCUCCGGCUUCCAGAGCCUGGUCCAGAAAGAGUGGGUGGCGACCGGGCACCCGUUCCUACAGCGCCUGAACCUCCUCCAGAAAAACGACCGGGAUGAGUCGCCAGUCUUCCUGCUGUUCCUGGACUGCACCUGGCAGCUUUUGCAGCAAUUUCCCGGGUCCUUCCAGUUCACCGAAGCCUACCUGGUGGCUCUACACGAAAGCAGCUAUGUCCCAUUCUCCAGCACUUUCCUCUUCAAUUGCCAGUGGGAGAGAGGGCGGAAAAACCAGAACCGUUUUCUCACCCAGCUCUACACUCCCAUCAAUGGCUGGCGAGAACCCCUCUGCCUGGAGAUCUUGGAGAAAGACGGCUACCCAGUCAAGGAAGCCACGGGGGCCUCCUUGCCCACCAUCUGGGACUGGUCCUUGAGAUACAGCCCCCGGCACAUGGCGCGCUUCCGGAACCCCUGCUACAGGCGCAGUGGGAAUGGUGGCAACAACGGCGGGACUCUGAAUGGGAACUUCCUUCCCCAAAACAUUGGCAAGAUGGAAAACGCUCCUCCUGGGAAAAGGACUCUGUACUUGUUCUCCAAGGGCUCCCUCUCUCUGCAAGCCCACUUCUUCCCCUGGAAAAAUGGCUCCCUCGCCAAGAAAGGUUCCCGGCGGUCUCACGUGUCGGAGGCUCCCGGGGAGCAGGACAGGUCUCGGAGGUGCAAAACCCGGAGCUUCCUCCUCCAUCAUGACGGUUUGCUCCUUCUGCCAUCAUAUGCCGGGCCCUCCAUCUGCUUGUGGAGAAGGUGCUACCUUCGUGGGAGCCCAGAAACCCAGGCCGGCCUCUUCGCUUCCAGCAUUGUGGGCCUCACCGAGGAACUGGACUUGCUCCAAGAGCGGCUGAACUACUGGCAAGCCAGCGGAAGCUAGCAGUACGAUGCCCAAGAAGCCCGAAGUGUUCCACGCAGAGCCCACGCAGACUGCCUGGAGCUCCCUCCUGCCACCCCAUCAAGAACGGGGCGGGCACUCAGCGUAUCCAGCGUAGACCUGGUGCAUCCCGCUGUCCAAGAAGAGACAGCAGUUGCAAUCUGCAUGUUUCAGAGAUUCGUAGAAUCGUAGAGUUGGAAGGGACCCCAAAGGUCAUCCAGUCCAACCCCCUGCAAUUUUCACAGAGCUCCAUUUGGAGAUCUUACCCAGUUGGGAGAAAACUGAUGCACUCAGGCUACGGGAUUGAUGUUUGUGGCUGGACAACCGCACCCCGAUUCAUCGGAAGUGUCUGUUCUGAAGUUGCCCAGCUCAGCAAACAGAUCGUAUUGACCCAUCUGCAGUUCUGUCCUGAAUUUAUAUUCGUCCCAAAUGUUCUGUUUUGAUUGCAAAGCGACGUGGGGCUUAAUAUCGCUGCAAUAUUGGGUGCCUGCCAUCAGGUGUUUGGUUUGUGUUUGUUUGUUUGUUUGUUUGUUUGUUUAAAAAACUUAUUAAAGCUGCAUACAUUUAUAUGGCUUCCCCCAAAGAAUCUUGGGAAAUGUAGUUUGUCAAGUGCACUAAAGAUUAUCAACUAUGGUUCCCAGGAUUCUUUGGGAGAAGUCAUGUGCCUUAAAUGUGUGAUGUGUCAUUAAUCCAGAUUAAAUUGGGGGGGGGCAGCGGGGAAUAACAUGGGCUGGCAUUCUGAUGUUGCUGUCAUGAUGCCCCCCCCAAAGGCCUGAAUGCUCAAGGAGCAACCAUCCCAUAAUAAACACCUGCCUGGAAGUGCCUGGAAGCACCUGGUAGCCCAGAGUGGGCUGACCAGCUCUGUGUAGUCUGCUUUACUCUCUUUGCCUCCUAGAACCCACCAAGGGGUAUUAACCUUUAUGUCCCCAAAGUGCUACUGUCCGGUUCUCGUAACACUUAAACCGUGGGGUAGCCAAUGCGGUUCCCUCCAGAUGUUGGUGGGCUUCAGCUCUCGCUGUCAUUCCCUAACCAUUGGUUGCACUGGCUGAUGCAGCUGCGAGGGGGCUUGGAGAUCAACAACAUCUUGAGAGCACCACAGGAGGCAGUGAUGGCCCCCAGCCCAGAUGGCUUUAGAAGAGGAUUAGAGAGGUAUCGAGGGCUACUAGCCAGAAUGGCUAUGCUCUGCCUCUGUAGUUGGAGGAAGAAAUGCCUUUGAACCCCAGUUGCUGGAGACCACAGGAGGGGGCAAUGCUAUUGUGCUUAAAUCCAGCUUGCGGGUUCCUUGGAGGCAUCUGGUUGUGAGAACAGGAUGCUGGACUAGGUGAGCCCCCUUGGCCUCAUCCAGAAGACUCUUCUUGCAUAGAAUAUCUGCUUCGUCCAGGCAUAUUUGCAAGAGUCAGGCAGUCCAUGAAAAGUUGGCUAGUGGACCAGCAUCUCCUCCUUUCUAGACUGCAGUGUUUGGUGUGAGCUUUCCUCUGCAGUCUGUAAAAAACAAAAGAACAACUCUACAGUAUUAGAACCUUGCUCUUCUUUGUAGGGGAAUAGAAGCGAAAUGUCCUUUCUGCUGUUGUUCCUCCUCUGUCAGAGAUGGUGGGGUGACUUUUCCUUUUCAACUGUUGCUGGAUAAUCAAUAUUUUGAUGCUUUGGGAUCCAGUGCUGAACGGCCCCCAUCCUCAUUAGAUCUGCACCCACAAGGCUGCAACAAGAGCUUGCAAAUAAGUUUGAUCAAACUUUGGAAAGUGAAACGUUCAGGAGGAUUUGCCGAGGAAUCUCCUGACAGGCAGAUUUCUCUUCCUUGCCAAGCUGAGCAAUAAAAUCUAACGGCCUCAAAGCUCUUGACAGAACUGACAGGAAGCUUUAUUAUUAUUAAACUGGGAAAUCAUGCUUUCGCAAUCGGCAAACCAGACUUUUCUGGCCAGUUCUGGGGUACGUACACACCCCAGUUCCUUAGCACUUUCUGUGGUCAUUUCC